CUUUUCUUGUUCUCUGCAAAACCCUCCUGCCAAUCUUCCUUUAUUCCGAUUCUUCUUAAUCCUCCAUAUAAAAUGAACUGCAACAAAACCUCUUAUUAACAAGCACUGCAAUUUCAGUAAGGCUGCAUACCAGUUCUCAUGGCGGCAUUACGGUCUGUAAAGGAAAAGCAACUCUACCUCCAGGAAAUUCAGAGGGCUCGCCAAGACCUUCGUGCUCUUAUCUACAGCAAGAACUGCGCUCCUAUCAUGCUUCGUUUAGCGUGGCAUGAUGCUGGAACAUAUGAUGCUGGAACAAAAACUGGAGGGCCUAAUGGCUCAAUCAGGAAUGACGAAGAGUUAAAACAUAGCGCAAAUAAUGGAUUGAAAAUCGCGGUUGACUUAUGUGAAGAAGUGAAGGCCAAGCACCCAAAAAUUACAUAUGCUGACCUCUACCAGCUUGCUGGGGUUGUUGCAAUAGAGGUCACUGGAGGUCCACCUAUUGACUUUGUUCCGGGUAGAAAGGACUCAAAGCAGUCACCACCAGAAGGGCGCCUUCCAGAUGCCAAACUCGGUGCAUCACAUUUAAGGGAUACCUUCUACCGUAUGGGACUGUCUGACCAGGACAUUGUGGCGCUAUCAGGAGGCCACACAUUGGGAAGGGCACAUCAGGAGAGAUCAGGCUUUGAUGGAACCUGGACAAAGGAGCCUGCGAAGUUUGACAACUCAUACUUUGUGGAACUAUUGAAAGGGGAGUCAGAGGGACUGCUGAAACUUCCCACAGACAAGGCUCUAGUGGAGGAUCCUGAGUUCCAUCACUAUGUCGAACUAUAUGCAAACGAUAAGGAUGCAUUCUUCAGAGACUAUGCAGUAUCACACAAGAAACUAUCAGAACUUGGCUUUAGUCCACCUUCUUCAGGUCAGAAGGUAGGACUUGCUCUUAGCAUUGCUGCUGUCUUAGUUCUGGCAAUUGUCUGGGAUCAGUUGACAGACCCGUUUCUCAUAUGGAAACAAUACAAUAAUUAGGGUCCAUGGAUAUACACUGGGACUGUACAACUUUCAUAUAUAAGUACGUUAAGCGUGUAAAUAGGUACACAUACCCCAUGUAAUUUGAUUAGUAUAUAUAUUGUUGCUCAAUCCAGAGCCAGAAAAUGAAGAAAUAAAGAUUUCAAAUUAUCGAAACCA